UCAAGCUUGAUUUAGUGGCACUAGAAGUAGAACAAGUCUUCUUCACAUUAAAUUUUUUUGAUUAAACCCCAAAAGAGAUAUCGUGAUGUCAAAAAUACCUCGUCUUCUAUUUCUCUAGAAUAGCUAACGUUGCGUCGUUAGUACAUCGAUUUCAACUCUAAUACACGACGCAAUCAAAGACAAUGCGCACCAUCUUCUGUCGUCUUUCUUGCUCUCGUCGAUUUGCUACAAGUCCUUGCCUUCGCGGCCAGGGACAGGGGUCAUCAUGUUAAGGGUAGUUUUUCACUAUUUCAUGUGGGCUAUGCUGAGCGGGCCCCUCCUGGAUUUGAAGGGGAAUCUAGUAAGGAGCAAAGAGGGCAAUCCACUCGACUCGGGAUAGUGAAAGACUACCUUUAACCAUGGUGGCAGCGUUACGUAUACGGCCUGAACCCUGCUAAUCCAGAACGGAACAAAAUUGCGCAACUCUUUGAACUAUGCUGAAAAUGAUACUUAAUGACGACGACCAUUUGAAAUUUUUCAAUGAGAACGAUGCUGAUCAUGAUGGAAAAAUAUAGCGCGCAACUCCAAAUGUAACUCAUCUUUGUUAAAUUAAAAAAUCAUUUUCAUUUGGUCUACUGGAUGGCGGCAGCUCGUCCACGGACUUAGUCUUAGUGACUAUAAUUUGCUCAACAAGUCCUUCUAAGUUACUUACGGUAGAACUAUCUCUAUCCCCGGUUUUUUAUCAUCUAAAGAAGGCAGAGCGGGUCGAUCCGUUGUUACUGGAGAAGGACGAACUCGAACAUUUUCGCAAAUUUUUCCUGGCAGAGCAACGGCAGUACAAAGUAGAGGAUGAAGCACAGGCCUGGUCAAACGUAAAAACUAAGUACCCUGAGAAGUUCAGACGCAUUCAGUACAAGUUUGGGAACACGUUUAAAACAAGUUAUACUAACGAGGAAAGCGACGAGGCACAGUCGACAACUUGCGGGUGAGAACAACGUGGUCUAAGAAUCACUAAAUGAUCUACAACAAGAGCAAUCACAUACUAGAGUACUUAACUUCUAGUUGUACUUGUAGAGCACGUAUAUUUUAUCAAGACUUUUUAAAGAAGUCAGCGGUGUUGGUUGUAGUCAUGUCUUCUACAAGGGUUGCGACACUACGACAAGCUGUCACUAGCUUCGAGACGGUUCUUAUGCAGUUGAAGAACCAGAAGAACCGAUCUCAAAUAAAGCCUCAAAAACUUUCAACUCCUGCUUCAUCAACUGCGAUUGCACAACAAGAACGGGUGCCUCCUGUACUAGAGCUUCUAUCACCAACUUCUAUCUCUGGACGAAAUACACCUCCACGUAAUGAAGCAGAAGUAGUUGUAAAGACGAGGAGCCACGAAGAUGUCCCUCCAGUAGC